UGUGGAUCACAGCACAGGAAUAUUAAUGGCGAUGUUUAUUUGGUUGACUUGAUCAAAUAAACGCGCUAAAGUUCAGUGUUUCUGUUCUGUCACGAUUCACGCUAACCCUGUUGGUUUUUAGUAAUCUGAUGAUAGACUGCUUUAAGGAAAUGUCCUUUAUAUCUGGAUGUUUAAAAUGAAAGCUGUCUGAUUGUGUUUGUGCACCUGCUGAGUCUCUGGGUGUAGAGCUGCAGUGGACAUUAGGCCCAGUAUAUAAGGGAUACUGGAUUAGACUCGGCUUUACUGUGAUUGCACAGAGUACCAGUACAGCAAAAUAUAGUUUAGCAUCUAAGUGCAAAAGAAGUGAAGUGUAAGUGGAUUAAUAGAAUGGCAAGGUAUGUUUAGUACACUCAGUCCCUUUCCUUGUUGCUGAGAUGCUAGCCUCAAGUACACAUUUGUACCUUUAUUGUGUAUCGUUUGCGUAGAAAAGUGCAUGUGUGGUAAAUGUACAUUUAAAGCUUUGGACUAAUUAUAUACAGUACUGUGCAAAAGUUUUAGGCACCCUAUUUUUUUUUUUUUUUUAGUACAAACCUUGUUAUAGAUUUUUAAUUUUAUUUUAUGACUUGUACAUUAUCAAGUCAGUACAAAAACAUUUUAGAUUCCCAAACAUUAGUUUUCUAGCACAGAAUUGAAUGUUACAGAAAAAUGUAAUUAAAGAAAGCAGCAUAUUAAGUAAGAGACACUUUUCAGACAGAAUAACACAAUGAAAGCUGCUGCAAAAAUAAGAAGCAAGUGUGACAGUCCAAGUCUUCAGAAGAACCGUAUCUGGUUCUGCAAAAUGCUCAAUAAAGCUCAUUUCUUUAUAAAACUGUACUAAUUGUACCAGAGGCUACUAUUUUUAUUUUUUGUCACCAAAUAUUGACUUUGUUUCAUUUACUGCUCUUUACGGUAUUUUAUUAAAAUGUAGAAACAUUUAAUUUCAAUAUUUUGAAGGUAUCUUUUCUUUGCGUGUGCUUAAAACUUUUGCAUAGUACUGUACAUUAAAUAUUUUUGUUUUUUUUUUAACAUGCACUAUAUCCACAUUUCCAGGUGAAAGAUGCAUAUUAAAGUUACAAAAAAGAAAAUUACCACUCCAGUGCCAAGGGAAGGUGCAGUUUAGUACUUGUAUUUACUGAGAGGGGGCAUGUACAGUGUAAACAUGAACAGUAUAUUGAUGAAAUCACAAGAUAUAUAUGUACAGAUCGAGUGAUUAUUAUGUGCAUUAUCAGUAUGGAAAGUGGACAAAGAAAAAUGUGCAAAUAGAUUGCCUGCAAAAAAUGUGCAAAGAUGGCUAUGUGAAAGGAGUAAUGUGUGGGAAAAGUAUGUACAUUAUGAUUCAUUUGAUGUACUGUAUGAUAUGAUGUACUGUAUGAUGUAUGUAUAUGUUGUAAUAUGUUCAGUCAAAGGAAAAAGAAAGUACACCCUCUUUAAAUUCUGUUUUUAUUCAUCAGGGGCUAAAUAACAAUUGUAUGGUCCUCGCCAACUUCUAGUCGACAAAAAAACUCACACACAACAGAUUUCAAUAUGUAGUCAUUUUGUCCCAAAAAGUAAAUCAACAUUCAAAAACGGGGUGAGGGGAAAAAGUAAGUAUAAUUGAGUAACAUGUAGAACCUUUAGCAGCAAUAGCCUGAAGUAAACAUUUUCUGUGGGAGUUUAUCAGUGUCUCACAUUGUUUUUGGGAAAUUUUGGCCCACUCUUCUUUACAGCAAUCCUUUUUGGCCAUUCCAGCACCUUGAUGUUUUUCUUCUUUAGCCAUUCAGAUGUCAAUCUGCGGGUGUGCUUAGGGUUAUUGUACUGUUGCACGACCCAAUUUCGACCUAGCUUAAGCUUUUGGACAGAUGGCCUCACAUUUGUCUCAAGAAUAUUCUGGUAUGAAUUGGAGUUCAUUGUUGAUUCAAUGACUGCAAGUUUCCCAGGUCCUGUGGCUGCAAAACAAGCCCAAAUCAUCACCCCUCCACCAUCAUGCUUGACAGUUAAUAUGAGGUGUUGAUAUGAGGUGGUGAUAUGCUGCGUUUAGUUUUCACCAAACAGGGUGCUGUGCAUGAUGACCAAGCAUCUCUACCUUUGACUCAUAAAUCCAAAUGAUAUUGUUCCAGAACUUUUUUUCUGUUUUGUUCAGAUGCAAUUUUGCAUAUCCUAGGUUGUGCUGCUAUAAUCCUUUUGGAGAGAAUUGUCUUUUUCCUAGCUACCCAUCCAUGAAAGCCAUACUUGUUCAGUCUUUUUCUGAUUGUGCUCAUGAACAUUUAAUGUGCUUACAGAGGCCUGUAAUUCACACGGUGUAGCAGUUGGGUUUUUCUUUAUAUCUCUGAGCAUUAAAUGGUCUAGCCUUGGACUGAAUUUGCUGGGAUGCCCACUCUUGGGAAGACUGACUACUGUCUUGAAGGUUUUCCAUUUGUAAGCAGUUCUUCUCACUGUAGAAUGAUGAAUUUCAAAUUGUUUGGAGAUGGCCUCCCAGAUUGAUGUGCAGCAACAGUCUGUGGUCAUGGCUGAUGUCCUUUUGUCUUGGCAUAAUGUAGACACACACCUGAGUGCUCCAGAACACCAAACUGCCAAAGUUUCUGCUGUUAUAGAGGUAGUCACCAUUGAUGGUUAACUAAUAUUGUUCAUUUCAUUAGGAAUACCUGGCUACUAAUUCCUCUUUUAAUGAUUCUGGUUUCUGAAUGUUGGUUUACUUUUUGGGGAAAAAUGACUACAAAUUGAAAUUUGUUGUGUGUGUGUGUUUUUUUUUUGGGGGGUGGGUCACCUGAGGUUAUUUGUUUGUUAUAGAAGUUAGUGAGGGCCAUGCAAUUGUCAUUUAGCCCCUGAUAAAUGAAAACAUAGAAUUGAAGGAGGGUGUACUUUCUUUGAAAAGAUGUCAGUCAUUAUUUUGAUAAGAUCUCAUGCAUUCCAUCCCUAAUGUCACCGUCUCUGAUUAACAGGUUUGAAUCCAGUUGUGUGGACCAUCAGCCAUGGCUUUCAGUAAAGGAUAUCGCGUUUAUCACAAGCUGGACCCGCCACCGUACAGCGUGAUUGUAGAAACAAGAAAUCGUGAAGAAUGCUUGAUGUUUGAGUCUGGAGCUGUGGCAGUUCUGUCGGCUGCAGAGAAGGAAGCUGUCAAGAACACAUACACCAAGAUGCUGGAUGCGUAUGGUAUUCUUGGGGUUCUUCGUCUUAACCUUGGAGACUCCAUGCUGCACAGUUUGGUGUUAGUGACAGGGUGCAGUUCGGUGGGGAAAGUGCAGGAUUCAGAAGUGUUCAGGGUCACGGCCACAGACUUCAUCUCCCUGAAGAACGAUCCGUCAGAUGAGGACAAGAUUGCAGAGGUGCGAAAGGUUCUAAACUCGGGCAACUUUUAUUUCGCCUGGUCGUCCACUGGAGUGAGUAUGGACUUGAGUCUAAAUGCACAUCGCAGGAUCCGAGAAGACAUUUCAGACAAUCGUUUCUUCUGGAAUCAAUCCCUGCAUCUGCACCUAAAGCAUUAUGGUGUGAACUGUGAUGACUGGCUGUUGAGGCUGAUGUGUGGUGGAGUGGAGAUCCGCACCAUCUACGCUGGCCACAAGCAGGCCAAAGCCUGUGUCAUCUCUCGCCUCAGCUCUGAGAGGGCGGGCACACGCUUCAAUGUGCGUGGCACCAACGAUGACGGCCAAGUGGCCAAUUUUGUGGAGACCGAGCAGGUUAUUUUCCUAGACGACAAAGUCUCUUCUUUUAUUCAAAUCCGUGGAUCUAUACCUUUGUUCUGGGAGCAGCCAGGUAUACAGGUUGGUUCCCACCGCGUCAAGCUGUCCCGUGGUUUUGAGGCCAACGCACCGGCUUUUGAGAGGCAUUUUACAGCUCUGAGGAGGCUCUAUGGUAAGCAGUUGAUCAUUAACCUGUUGGGUACGAAAGAGGGGGAGCACAUGCUCAGCAAAGCAUUCCAGAGUCACCUGAAAGCAUCAGAGCAUACAAACUCUGUGAAGAUGGUCAACUUUGACUACCACCAAAUGGUGAAGGGAGGGAAGACAGAGAAACUCUCGACUGUGCUGAAACCACAGAUCAGCAAGUUCCUGGACGAUUGUGGCUUCUUCUGUUACUCUGCUGAGACUGGAAUUGAAAAAUGUCAGACUGGGACUCUUCGGGUCAACUGUCUGGACUGCCUGGACAGGACAAAUAGUGUCCAGGCCUUCUUUGCACUUGAGAUGUUGCGCAAGCAGUUGGAAGCUAUGGGUCUUACAGAGAAGCCCCAGCUGGUGGCACGCUUUCAGGAGGUCUUCCGCACCAUGUGGUCGGUCAAUGGAGACUCGGUCAGCAAGAUCUAUGCUGGCACAGGUGCUCUAGAUGGCAAGGCUAAGGCUGGAAAGCUGAAAGAUGGAGCACGCUCAGUCACCAGGACCAUCCAGAACAACUUCUUUGACAGUUCAAAGCAAGAAGCUAUUGAUAUUCUGAGGUUGGGCAGUACUCUAAACAGUGACCUGGCUGAUAAAGCUAGAGCUCUCCUCACCACCAGCAGCCUGUAUGCAUCUCCCAGAGUGUUGCUGGGCAUGUGUCAGAACCACCACAAAUACACACGGCCUAAAAAGAUCCGUGUGUGUGUGGGGACAUGGAAUGUCAAUGGGGGAAAGCAGUUUCGUAGCAUUGCGUUUCGGAAUCAGACCCUCAGCGACUGGCUGUUAGAUGCACCAAAAAAAGUAGGCCACCCCGAGUUUCAAGACAGCAGACCCCAGCCUGCAGACAUCUUUGCCAUUGGCUUUGAGGAAAUGGUGGAACUGAAUGCUGGCAACAUAGUCAGUGCAAGCACCACCAAUCAGAAGCUGUGGGCAGCAGAGCUGCAAAAGAGCAUCUCACGGGAUCAUAAGUAUGUGCUGCUGGCCUCAGAGCAACUGGUGGGAGUCUGCCUCUUCAUUUUCAUUCGGCCCCAGCAUGCUGCGUUCAUCAGAGAUGUUGCUGUAGAUACAGUCAAGACUGGAAUGGGUGGCGCCACGGGGAACAAAGGAGGUGUGGCUAUCCGCAUGCUCUUCCACACCACCAGUAUCUGCUUCGUGUGCUCGCAUUUCGCCGCGGGCCAGUCACAGGUCAAGGAGCGAAAUGACGACUACAAUGAGAUCACUCGCAGGCUAUCAUUCCCUAUGGGCCGUCUGCUCUACUCCCACGAUUAUGUGUUCUGGUGUGGGGACUUCAACUAUCGCAUCAACCUGCCAAAUGAGGAGGUAAAAGAACUGAUCAGGCAGCAGAACUGGGAUGCACUCAUAACUGGGGACCAGCUUGUUGAACAGAAGAAUGCAGGCCAGGUAUUCAGGGGCUUUAUUGAAGGAAAAUUGGAUUUUGCUCCUACCUACAAAUAUGACCUCUUUUCUGAUGACUAUGACACGAGUGAGAAAUGCCGCACACCCGCAUGGACCGACCGUGUGCUCUGGAAGAGGAGAAAGUGGGACUUUCAGAAAACUGCUGAGGAGUUGGACCUGAAUGUAGUAGGAGCUCCAGUAGAUGAGGAAGAUCAGCACCCGUGGAGCCCUGGUGAGCUAAAGUACUACAGCAGAGCUGAGCUCAAGACCUCAGACCACAGGCCGGUGGUGGCCAUCAUCGAUGUGGAUAUUCUCGAAGUGGAUCCAGAAGCGCGUCAUCAGGUGUACAAAGAUGUGAUCGCCCUGCAAGGUCCACCUGACGGCACUGUCCUAGUCUCUCUGUGCACUUCAGGGCCUGAUGACUACUUCGAUGAUGCUCUGAUAGAUGAACUGCUGGACAAGUUUGCUAACUUUGGCGAGGUCAUUCUGAUCAGGUUUGUAGAGGAAAAGAUGUGGGUGACAUUUUUGGAAGGGUACUCUUCACUGGCUGCACUUUCACUGAGUGCCUCCACUGUGUUGGGGAAAACCAUAGACAUCCGUCUGAAGAGCAGCGGCUGGAUCAAGAGUCUGGAAGAGGAGAUGAGUGUGGAGAGGAUCUGUGGCAGCAUCCCCACUUCCGCCAGCUCCACGCUGCUCGCCGAGGACAACGACAUGGGAGACGAGUUUGACAUGGAGGGCGAUGUGGAUGAGGAGGUGGAGAAUAUUCUUCCUCAGCACCUGCAGCCUGGGGCUGGUGUGGAUGUGGGUGUUUCCCCAGCACCCUCUCCCCGCUCCAGCCCGUGCCCCUCGCCAACUCACGGAGAGCCCGCAGCCCCCUGCAGGCCAAGCAGAGCUCCACCACGCACAGCCGGACCUCCACAAGUUACUCCUUUGGAUUAUCAGGUGCUAGGAGCUUCUGCAUCACAAGGACUGGAACCAAAACGCCCACCUCCCCCACGACCCAAUGCUCCCCCUGCCAGACCGGCACCUCCACAGCGCCCACCACCUCCCUCAGGACGAGGCCAGUCUACUGGAGCCCCAAGCGGUUCAAGACCGAACAUCCCUGCUAGGGCAGGUGUUAUCAGUGUGCCACCACAAGCCAGACCCCCACCACCUGCCCACCCCGGAGCUCCAAGACCCAUAGCUGAGGUUCACCCAGGAGCCCCCCGAACUACUCCAGAUAACCACCCUGGAGCCCCGAGACCUGUCCCAGAUGCACCAAAAAAACCAGCAGAACUCCCUCUGGCACCUCCUCCCUCAUUGCCUGGCCCUAUGAGGCCUCAGAUGGUGUCUCCAAUGCAGCCUCAGUCCACGUCCCCCAUUCGGCCACCAAUACAGUCCCAGCUGCCCCCGCCCAUGGUACCUACGCUUCCCGCACCUAUGGUGCCAACAAUGGCAACCCCUCUGCAGCCUCAGUCCACUGCGACAAGCACCGGAGCAGCUAUGCCACCUCAGCCUGGCCUGGCAUCACCCAAACCACCGCCCCGUAGCCGCUCCUCACAUGCCCUGCCACCAGAGGCUUCUCCUGCUCCUGCUCCUGAGGCUCAGACGAAUGGAACAAAUGGAAUCCAAAGAGAAGCACAAUUUACAAUCGGCCCCUUUGACCCGCUCACCUCUGACGUGUUCUCCUCCACUUCCUGGUUAAACAGCCAAUCCCUGUCUAGUAGUUCUUCACUUUACAGCUCCUUCCACUCAUCCACCAGUUCACGGUCUCUGAAUUCCACUCCAGUUCCUCGGUUUCCCCAGUCUAACCUAAUGCUGACCCUUGACCCCACGCCAGCUUUGCUGGCCCCGCCCCCUCCUUCCCGCAGCCGCUCACAGGAAACCCUCCCAGUGUCCUCAAACCCCUUUUUGACUGGUAUCCAAUCUAGACCCAACAGCACCAACCCAUUUACUGGCACCAUGGCAGCAUCACAGCAUCGCUCACUCACACCCGACUUCGACGCCAAGCCAAGCCUCUACAGAGCCGCAUCCGACCUCAGUUACAGCUCAACUCUGCCUUCCUCCUUCUCCAGACCAACUCCAGCAGCUUUAGCUCCACCUCCACCCAAAGUCCAGCAGUGGGUGACCUUUGAUGACGAUUCAGACUUUCAAAGGUCAGGAAAAGCUCCAGCAUCAACUGCAAUGACGAAACCUCCACUGCUUCCUUUGUCCGCUAGCACUACAUUCCAGCAGCCGCAAAGCAGCUCCUCCACCUCUGGGUUUGACUUUAACAGUAACUGGGCCUCCCUUUCCACACCCGUUUUGCCAACACUGCCCCCUCCUGUGCCAGGCAGGACUAACGCUAACGCAACCCCAAGAAACCCCCUGAUCCCAGAGUUCAUGGAAAGAUAAUAUAUAUUGUAAUGUUCUACUGAUGUUGAGGUGUGUGGGGGGGACUGGAGAAAUUCUUUAUUUAUGUUUGUGGUUUGUAUACAAGUGUGCUGUUCAAGUCAUGUCUCUCUGAAACUGAUAAAUCAGUCACUCAACCCAGAACCGGCCUAGAUUAAAUAUGACCGUUCUGGUGUUUCUAUCUGUACACAUAUUUAGAAAUUCAUGUACACACACAACUGUGUGAUAAAUUCUGUGCAAUAUUUAAUUUUUCUUCAGUGACAUGCUUAUCAAAUAUAAUUGCUUUUAUGCAUUUUUUUUUUUACCGCUGUUUGGUUGUGCAGCAUUUAAAGUGAUUGUAAACUGCAAAACAAUGUCUCUCUUGAAUGCACAGUGUGUCAUGUAGAUUCUUGGAUGGAGAGAGCUAUUAGACCUUGUAAUAUGGCCUCUGGAAUUUUAGUUUAAAAAAACUAGCCACAGCACAUAGUGACUCUGUAACCGCUUGCUAUGAUUUCUCUCUCAUUAUGAAUGUAUGUUCAGUCUGUUUUAUGUUUAAUGUCUGUAUUUUUCCCCCAAAGUGGUGGAAAAGUGUGGCAUAUCUUUCAUUACUGUGUAACACUGAUCAUUCCUCUAAUUACACAGACCCAAUUUUCCUGUAUUCUUAUAUCUCUAGACCAACAUGCUCAAGUAUAUAAGUUGUGGAUAUGUGUAUUAAGUAGCCUUCAGCGUGGUUUAAACAAUGUACAGUAGUCUAAAAUCUGUGUAUAUAUAUAUUAUAUAUUCGCUUGUAAUAUGUACCCGCCAUACUGGUAUUGCACUGAAAUGCUCUUAACCUUUAGGUCUUUAAAUGUACUUUGAGUUAUGAGUUUUCAGGUUUGAGAAAGCAUAUCUGUUUCCUGGCAUGAGUGCUGUUUCCCCUCCCAACUGCCCUCAACCAAGUGUGUAUACCCUUGCUUCUGUUUCACGUAAUCCAAAGCGUUCAACAAAACCGCUGUGCAUUUAACGAAUGUGCUUAUUUUAGUGAGUUCUGGCGUUAGUCUAUGAUGCCAAGAUGUGCGACCCUGACCAUACCAGAAAGCUGUGUGUACUUAAUCUCACGGUUUUUGGUUCACAGUGAGUUGGUACUUCACUUUAAUUUCACUGGGAAUGUGGUUCUUUCUGUUCUUUGUGUGAAGAAAUAAUUUGCUGUGUCUUGGUGAGUGCUCUCUGUCUGCAUAUAUGCACUGUGUACGUCUGUGCUGAUGGGGUGAGGUUUUUUGUUGUUACCUAGCAGUUUGACUUUGUGUGCAUCCACUCUCCUGGUUCAGAAUGAAUCAAACAGGGCCUUUAAGCAUGUUAAAACACGCACAGUAGGAAAAUAUAUCAGUUACAUGUUGUUUUUCUGAUUACCUUAUUGAUACCCAGUUUUGUCAGGUACCUCCACUGUGCAAAUCGUGUCAUUGCCAGUUCUGAAGUCAUAUUACUUUUUGUGCAUUCCAUACUGUAUUGCUGUUUUGAUCUGGUGAUUUGCUCUUGAUAUUUUCUUGUCAUUUUGGGGAUUCAAAUCUUUUGCUUGUGCAGUGUUUUGUUACAUCGCAUUAGUAGUGUUAGUACUGCACUAUUUGCAGUAUUCACAUUUGAGUCGUUCUUGAGUUACACAGCUGCAUAUCUGAAUACUUUUAAUUUGUGGAUUUAAACACAUUUAACUCAUCUUAAGAGGGCAUUCUGUGGAGGAAAAAAACAGUGGCAGUCCGGCAGGGGACAAAGGGUACGGGAGACAAGUGAGCCACCUCAUUUUAUAGUGAGUCUUUUUUUUUUCUUUCUCUUUUUUUUUUUUUUUUUUUUUUUUUUUUUUUGGACAGUUUCAGUUUUGUGUGAAAAAACUGAGUGUGUGUGAGAAAUGUCAUGACAUGCCAUUUCCUUUCAGUAUGAUCCUGUAUACAUGUUGUCCAUUGCAUAUGGUCAUAUGGAGGGCUUGCUUAUUGACCAGACAUAAAGUCAUGAAGGUACAGCAGGUAGGUUAUAGAAACUGUACCUUUAAAGCAGAUGUUGUUUGCACACUUUACUCCCUACACUUUUUUUUUUUUUAAAGAAAAAAAGGAUGUAGCAAUUGUAAAAUUUGAAUAUUUCCCUUGAGGCUACUUAAGAAAAAGGAGAUGCCCAUCCUAAAUCCUAACCCGCUCUAAAAUAUGACUGAAUGGGAAAUUUUUCGUUUUUUGUUUUAUUUCAGCUGUUGGAAAUAAUAUAACCACUGGAAAAUAAUAGCAUUACAUGCACUGUUCAGUUGUAUUCAGCUAAUAAUCAAAUCAAAUCAAGUCAUGCAAAUAUUUAACUAUUAACUCAUUUUGUGAUGUUGACGUUUGUAACUUUAGCUUAGUGGUAGAGAUCCUUGUGUUGUUAACCGUAACUGUAGGUAUACACAAACCAUGACUGCAGUUUAGUAUUCUUAGUAUUCAACCUGUGAUUUAAGUUCAUAUCAAAUUGCACAACUGUAUGGAGUAAUUGAUGUUGUAUGUAUGCAAUAAUAAAUGUAAAUGUAUUAAUGUAAA